AUGACCGGGCAGCCGUCCUCUUCCUACCCCGGCCAGGUCCCGCCGCCAGCCGCCGUGGUUUCGCCGGAAAACGAAGAGAAAAGCUCCGGUUUUGACAGAAAAUUCGCCGGCUUCGUUCUCCGUCGUCCGGCCGCCAUUUUUGGCGAUCAAGGUAUGGAAAUCUAUCCUUUCCUCAUGAUCUAG